AUGAACCCCAACGUCACCGGCAUCCAUGGCGUCUACGAGACCGAUCUCGGCACAACGAUGAAGACCGGCGCCGUGCGCGGCGAGGAAAUCACUGUCACGGGCACGGUCACCGAUGGCAUGGGCGGCGUGCUCAAGGACGCGGUCCUGGAAAUCUGGCAGGCCGACGCGGACGGGCUCUUCAACGCACCCGGCGAAACCCGUGGCGUGGCGGACCCCGAAUUCUCCGGCUGGGGCCGGGCCGCUGCGGAUUUGCAGACCGGCGAGUAUCGCUUCGACACGGUCAAGCCCGGUCGCGUGCCAUGGCGCGACGGGCGCCUGCAGGCGCCGCACAUUUCGAUGUGGAUCGUCGCGCGCGGCAUCAAUAUCGGCUUGCACACGCGGCUUUAUUUCGACGACGAGGCCGAGGCCAACUCCGAGGACCCCGUGCUGACCCGGAUCGAGCACCAGCACCGCGUUCCGACGCUCCUUGCGGCCAGGACGGCAGACGGCCUAUACCGCUUCGACACGACAAAGCCCUGCAUCAUCUGCGUCGCCAUCACCGGCUCGGUGCCGACGAAAGCCAACAACCCGGCGCUUCCCGUCACGAUCGACGAGCAACUCGAAUCGACCCACGAAGCCUUCGAGGCGGGCGCAUCGAUCGUCCACGCCCAUGUCCGCAACGCCGACGAAACGCCGACCUCCGAUCCCGAAAAGUUCGCGCGGCUGAAGGAAGGGCUGGAAAAGCACUGCCCCGGCAUGGUGAUCCAGUUUUCCACCGGCGGUCGCUCGGGUGCCGGCACCGAGCGCGGCGGCAUGCUGCCGCUGCGGCCGGACAUGGCGUCCCUUUCGGUCGGCUCGAACAACUUUCCGACCCGCGUCUACGAAAACCCGCCCGAUCUGGUCGACUGGCUCGCCGCGGAAAUGCGCAAAUACGCCGUCAAGCCCGAGAUCGAGGCGUUCGAUGCCUCGCAUAUCUUCCAGGCGGUCGCCAUGUGGCGCGACGGCCGCAUCCCCGACACGCCCUACAUCCAGUUCGUCAUGGGCGUGAAAAACGCCAUGCCGGUCGAUAAGCCGGUGUUCGACUUCUACGUCGAGACGGUCAAGCGCCUCGUUCCCGACGCCGAAUGGUGCGCCGCAGGCAUCGGCCCCGGCCAGAUCACCGUCAAUGAAUGGUCGGUGGCGGCCGGCGGUCAUGCCCGCACGGGCCUUGAGGACAAUGUGCGCCUCGACAAGGACACGCUGGCGCCAUCCAACGCCGCGCUUGUCAGGCGCGUCGUCGAUAUCUGCGAGCGUCACGAACGCCCCGUCGCCACAUGGCAGCAGGCCCGCCAGAUGCUCGGCCUGCGCCAGGCGGCCUGA